GCCUUAUCCGCGGGGGAGGCGAAUAGCAGAAGCGCUUCAAUGGCAUCCUCUUCACUCACAUCUACUCCAAUCUCUUCUUCUUUUCAGCUUAAAGUGCCAAAUUGCCCCAAAAAUCUCUCAUGUUCUCCAAUUUUAAGCUUUUCUUACUGCCUCGUACCUUGUUCUACGAAAUCAAGAUCAACCCGUUACCAGAAGAGAAUAGAUUCUGGAUUUUCCAUCCAAGCCCAAACCCUUGACUUCUCCGGUUCCUUCUUCGAAGGUGGAUUCGGUUCGGAUGACGACCCGACUUCUGCCGGAACGGGGUUUACUUCUGUGGAGGAGAAGGAGGAACCACAAUGCCCACCCGGCCUCAGACAGUACGAGACAAUGGCUGUCUUGAGGCCUGACAUGUCCGAGGAUGAGCGACUAGCACUUACUCAGAAGUACGAGGAGCUGCUUGUUGCUGGAGGUGGCAUGUAUGUGGAGGUUUUCAACAGAGGGGUUAUUCCACUAGCAUAUAGUAUCAAGAAGAAAAAUAAGGCUGGAGAGACCAACACUUACUUGGAUGGCAUCUACCUUCUAUUUACCUACUUUACGAAGCCAGAAUCCAUAGAAGUUCUUGAUGACACUCUAAAAGCUGAUGAUGACGUUAUCAGAUCAACGAGCUUUCAAGUUAGGAAAAGGAGAUAUUAGCUUGUUUUGAGCAGUGAGAUUGGUGAGAAAGAAGAAUGGUUAGGACAGGGAAAAUUAUAUUUUUCAUUGUAACAUCGUUUAUUCACCUGAUAUAUUUCAUUUGGAUUUGAGUAAUCAUGUAUCAUGAUUAUUAAGUUAAUUAGAAGAGCAAUGCAGUAGCCACCAUUUGCAGUAAUUGUAGCAAGGCAUAAGAAAUUCCUGAAUGUAAUAAUUAUUUUUUUAUUUUUUUCCCAACGAAUUGUUGUUUUAUUA